AUGCUUUUGGCUUUUUUCCCACUUCUAGCUGUGCUGGUCCAACUGGCAUCGGCUUUUUCGCAUCCCCCAUCGCGUCGCGAUAGCAUCCUGAGCCCUCUCAACGAUCCUUUCUAUACCCCUCCCAAAGGAUGGAAGAAAGCCAGCAACGGAGAUGUACUCCGUACUCGCAAGGUCGAUCUUGCCUUCUUGCAAAUCGACGAGAUCAACUAUGAAGCCGCCUACCAGAUCCUUUACCGCACCACCGGUGCCUAUGAGAACGACCCCUCAACCACCGUCACUACUGUCAUUAUUCCUCACAAUGCCAAGCGCGACAAGCUUGUCAACUACAUGAUCUAUACGGAUGCUGCUGGUGCGCAGUGCGCUCCUUCUUACGCAAUGCGCAAGGGUGGAAAGAUUGCAACCGAUCUCGCUCUUAACUACCAGCAACUCCUCUUCUCUACGCUUCUUGAAGAAGGCUAUAUCAUGACCUUACCGGACCACCAGGGACCCACCCGCGCCUUUGCUGCUGGACGCCUUGAAGGCCGUAUGUCGCUCGAUGGUAUCCGUGCCACCCUCAACUAUGAGCGCAUCGGUCUCAGCAAGAAGUCCAAGGUGGCCUCGUUCGGUUACUCGGGUGGUGCCAUUGCUUCUGGCUGGGCUGCCGCGCUGCAGCCGAGCUACGCUCCCGAGAUCAACGCGGUAGGAUUUGCGAUGGGCGGAACGCCUGCCAACAUCACGAGCACGGUGGAGAACCUGAACGAUGGUCUGUUUUCUGGCUUUGGUAUUGCCGGUGUCGUGGGUCUUUUGUACACGUACCCAAAGAUUAUGGAGUGGUCCAAGGGCAAGAUCACAAAGGCGGGACACCAAGCAAUUGAGUUCGCACGCAACAACUGUCUUGUUCAAACGCUUCUUGAAUAUCCGUUCCAGAAGUUGCUGAGCGACAAGUUUGUCCUGGGCGGAGGAGAGCUGCUCUACGACCCCACGAUUCGUUCCGUUAUUUAUGAUAUGGUUAUGGGAUACAAGAAGAGUGAGACCCCCACGGUUCCUGUUUACAUGUUCCACGGUCAGCAUGAUGAAGUCAUUCCGUUUAAUUCUGCUAUCAAGACUGGCAGGGACUGGGCGAAGCACGGUGCCGAUGUCUACUUCGAAGAGCUCACUGAUGUCACGAUGGCUCAUCUUACCUCGGAACUUUUUAAUCUCCCCAACGUCCUCUUCUUUGUGCGCGAUCGCAUGGAAGGCAAGUCGUUCUCCAAGGGAUUCACCCAUAAGCGGACCGGAAACCCGCUCGAGGACCCGGGCGUACCUCUGAAGGGUCUCGGAUCUCUGGUUGAAGCCAUCCAGAACAUUGUCGGCAAGGAGGUUGGCCCUGGAGAUGCGUACAUUCAUUCCAAGAUCAAACAUCACGCUCACCGCCAGUGA